CAGAUACGUAGUUACACCAUAUCAUCUGAGAUCUAAAAAUUUCAACCCUAUGUCACUUCCUCAAAUGAUAUAAGUGACAAACCCCUUGAUUCGAUCUCAUCUUGGAUCCAGCUUGCCUACUUGUCCGAUCUACCUGUGACUCUGUUGCUCUUCCACAUAUUCGGACGACAUUACAUAUACCUCCUACAUACAGCUGGACAUCGCAUAAGGAAUCCGGAUAUCCCCUCCCAGAGCCAAUAUCGAAGAGAACCGGAUCAGCAACAAGCAGGAACCUAACAUCGCAGAUAUAUCAAAGACUGUAUUUGAAAAUCAAAUCAAUAUCACACUAUCCUAGAACGGAAUCCUAUCACUCCAAUAUUCCUCGGACUACUCUCCAUCGAGAAACAAUAACCUGAAACCUUGAAGCUUCGCCCAAUCUCCAGAGCUACUCCGCAUGCUACUUACUUUUACACUACUGCUUUCACCACUACUAUCACUCCUCAACAACCCUUAAGCAUCUAACACUUAAACUUUUCGACCCUCGAUCCUUACCACAUCCCUCGCUCCAUCGACUCUCGGUCCCAAUCAAUCGCCGUCGCAGGACCCCAUGUCUUUUUUCAAUCUAGUAUAAGUUUUUCCUGAGCACACCUCGCACACUUAUCAUCACUUAGCCUUAUUAGCUCCCAAGAGCUCGGAGGUACCCAGCCAUAUGACCCUAAAUUAAUCUAAUCGCCCCAAACCACGAAACUCUCUUUUUAUCUAUUUUGGCAAUAGCUGGGACGCCUGGGAGCUACUCUAGCCUUAUACUAGUCCCCUUCUCCUUACCCUUUUACUUUUACCCUUCAACCAGCGAGCUCGACUUCUAGUUGAUCGCAUCGUAUUUAUUAUAUUGGUCUACACACAAUACAAUAUAACACAGUUUAUUUAUAUUUUCUGGUUACAUUAAUUAAUUAAUUAUUUAUAUACAUCUACAUUUCUCCCAAUCCAUCAUCUAUUCCGAUUUACCCACGACUUUGACUGAUUUCUUGUUUAUUUAAUUAUUUAAUUGUUUAUUUAUCUAUUUAUCUAUUCAUCUAUUUAUUCAUUCAUUCACUUGAUCCAACCCAUCCCCCGUCCCUAAGCGGUAUUCCCUUUACCACGAGGUCGCCCAGGAGAAUCAAAUCAACUCAAAUCAAAUCGACAAAGACUGCUUCACCCCUCCAGCUCUGACCAAGAGAGAUCCAGCCAAACGCAUCUGCAACCCACACUUCACUACCCCUACGAAAGUCCACACACCACACCACACCACACUACUCCACGAGCACAGACCAUUUCCCAGACCUAAUAACCUACAUAAAUCAAGCAGACGCCUCCCCGGCCGCCAUCCAGGUGAUCGACAACUCCACAUUCUCCAUUCCAGUAAAUACACUACCAAAAUCCAUCCCUAGCGAACCUACAAGAGAUUUGUCUGAUCUCUUGAUCUCUUGAUCUCCAAUAUCCCACCGUCUUUUUGGCUCCAAUCCGUCCAUAUAUAUUCAAAAAUCAAAGGCUUCCCUAAGUUAUUCAAAAAGAUCAAGAUCGGACUUUGACUCAAAGUAAUCUUUGGUUUCUUCUUUUGGCUCGAUUCUUCUUCUCCUCUCACUCUAUCACAAUCACCCAUCACAUCCACAAUCACAAGCAAAGCAAAGAAAAACAAGUGAGGAAAGAAAGGAAAUAUCCCCAGUCCCCAUUUUUAACUACUUGUUCCCUCGUUCCCUCGCCUCGGUUGUGCAUCUAUCCGUCCGAACCAAAUACUUUUUACACGCGACAACGUGAAUUCGGUGACCCAGAACAAAAGUAAGAAGCCGCUAUCAUUUUAAAUCCUUCAUCGUGGACUUUUCAAUAAUCUACCACGAUUAUCAUGGAGACCGCCAGCUUUACAGCUCGCCGACCCGCCGCAUCCAAUCUUCCCAACUUUCAGCUUCCCCCUCCAGAACCCCUUGGAAUGCACCAUCACAAAUAUCAACAACAAUCCAACAACUAUAUUCACGGAACUACAAACAGUUCUUCCCAGCCGGUUCCUGCUGUCGCCAACAAUAUAUUAACACCUCCCGCCGGCGUUUCGCAUGACGGCUUAAGUCCUCUUGCAUCCAGCGUCAACAGUGGUAGCUCGGGUAGUUCGACCGCCGGCGUACCUCCAUAUCAAUCUUCUGCUUUCUGGCCAAAUACUCAAUCGGGAAACAACUUCACAUUUAGUUCUGCACCACCGAUGAGUGCGCCUUAUGCUCAGCAGCAACAACAACAACAACAAAGUUAUAUGAGUAGACCACUAUAUUCGCCCUCCAUGAGUAGCUAUCCAGGGUCACGAAUUCCCCAUUCUCCUACUUCAUCAGAAGGAUUGCCACCACCUAGCUUUGAGAGUCUUCCUCCAUUCUCUACCGGAGUCCCGAUGUCUGGUUCAGGUGGACAACAACAAAAUCUCCCCACUCUUGCACCACAAAAUUCCCAGCAGCAACAUAUGACCAGUCACAAUCUCAUGAACCUUCAUCAAUCCUCUUCUCAAGCACCCCAACAGGGCAACGUGCCAGCUUCCGAUAACUAUGGCGGACGAGCUCCUCCAACUCCAAAUUACUACCCCCCCUCAUCCACACCUCAACAAUCAAAUUUCCCCGCCUAUGCCCAACAAUCACCUACACAACAAUCUCCCAAUACCUCCUCCGCCCCUUCUAACCGCAUUUCUCCCAUCCAAACUCAUCACUCGCAUUCUUCCAUGGGCGCACCUCACCAAGGCUAUCCUUCCCGUCCUCCAUACCCACAUUAUAAUCUCCCCACCUUGGCCGCACCUAUUAUGUCGAAUGUCCACCAACCUGGUAGUCAAAUGGCACUCCUCGGCGGAAUGGGCAAUAUGGGAUAUCCUCAACAAAUGUCAGGGCCAAUGUAUGGCAGUCAUCACCCACAGCCGAUGCCUCAAAAUGACCGUCCAUUUAAAUGCGAUCAGUGUCCGCAAUCUUUCAACCGCAAUCAUGAUUUGAAACGUCAUAAACGUAUUCAUUUAUCUGUGAAGCCAUUCCCAUGUGGUCAUUGUGAAAAGAGUUUUUCGAGAAAAGAUGCAUUAAAGAGACACAUACUCGUCAAAGGCUGCGGAACAAAGGCUGCAAAUGGCGCUACGAAUAACAAUGGAGGUUCUCAAUCGCCUGUCGAUAAAUCUGAAAUCUUAAGUGAUUCUACCAACGACGAGAGCCCAGAGAUGAUAAAGAAGGAAUUGCCAUAGGAGCGUGGCACUCCAUCCUCAUGACUUGUCGAUUUCUUUUCUUUUCUUUUGUUGAAAUGCAAAUUUCAAUAAGAUGGCAAGCACACACUAUUAACGUAAACCGAUGUGCAAGCCUGGGUUGGUGGAUGGGUAUUCAUUCGGCGCCUUGACUAAAGGAUAUGGGCGUUCGGAAUCUAUCUGGAGGAUAUGGGGUUGGAUGGGAUGGUUAGGGAUAAGGAUGAUGUGGGAUACAACUUACACUGUAUGGCUGGGCGGACAUCUUCUUUCGAAUAGGACAACCCAGAACUCUAAGAAAGUUGAAGAUGAGGUUGGUGGCGUUGUUAUGUGAUUCUCUUCGAUCAUGUUCAUGAAACCUUGAGCAUUUUGACAGAUGUUUUUCUGUUCUUUUUUUUUCUUCUACAAAAAAAUCCCAAAAUCUGGGCCUUGGUGUGGAAUAUAUCAUCUUAUCAGAGUGGAUUUGUUUCGGAGUUGCGGAUUUGUCGAUGUGUCUGUCUGACAUCUUGAUUUGGGCGGGACGGAAAUGAAUGGGUACCUGGCUCCGAUGGGAUAGCAUUGGGAAGCGAAAUGCGAAAUGGGACCUGGGUGGAGCUUUGGCGUGGAAAUCAAUUCGGUAAAUACCUUUGAAUGCGUUUUUGCUUGUAUGGUUAUUCUUCUGUAUUCGAGUAACGGAUGGAGAGUGAAAAGCCUCUUUUCUCCCUCUUAUUUGCGCUUCUCUCUUCUUUUUCGUCUCCUUGCCAUGUUAGGCGAUGAGUAUACGAUGUGGGUGAUAGGUGAUGGGUGCGUCUUACACGCUUGCUCGCGCGUCCAUGUUGCGGUUGGGGUUCGGUCUCUGAUGUUAGCGG